GACGUUCCUCCACAAGUCUGGCGAUGGCCGUCUUCGCGGAUGGAGCAUUGUUUUGGCUCUACAGUGUGGUUGUCUUCUCUCAGUUCAAACCCUCAGAGCCAUUUCUGGUGGAUUUUUUGGUAGAUGUAAUUUGCACUGCUGGCCAACACCUUUUUGAUCCUUUCUUUGCGGUACGUUUGUUUUUGUUUGUGAGCCACGUUUGGUUGGAAUUGAAAAAUAGUCUUUGAAUGCUUGCAAUCAUCUUGAUCAACUGCCACAGCUGUGCAGGUGAAAGGAUUUACCAACCAUGCUGUCUAUCAGGGCAUGUUUCCGCUCUUCACCUAUGCUCGAAAUCCAACCUAUGCUGAAGGAGGUAAUUUUUUGCAGUUGUUUCCACCUAGUAGGGAAUCCUCGAGCAAUGUAUUCCACUAAUAUUUCACGAACUGAUCUUUGACAGCCUGCAGCAGCUGAAGGAUUUCCCUUGCUUUUUGUGACUGGUGUUUUGUCAGAGCUUGACAUGGCAGGGCAAGGGGUGCUUUUCUUGGGUGCUCUUUGUGGCUUUGCAACUGUACUGCUAACAUGGUUUGGCACUAGCUUGCUACCUCAGCAGAUUGCGCAAAUAACAGUGGCUGCAAACUUCGCGUCCCGAUUUGCUGUCAACGCUGUGGUGUUUCAAUUGGCCCCUUCUGAUACCGUCCAGCAGCAUAUUCAUACCAUGAAAGCAGCCCUUCUUUUGUCCAAUGCUGGAUCUGCCAUAUUGGGCGAGAUUCUGCGCGACCAGAUGAAAGCUUCCUUCUGGGUGCUCUACUUGAUGUCAGCAAUAGCAACGGGUCUUGCAUUCUUGUGCUCGAUAUUCCUUCUGAACUCGAAGCUGCAAACUUCUGCACCGAGAAGAAGCACUCACCCGGCAUCGGAUGCCUUCUUUGAUUUGGUGAAGAUAUUCAAGUUGCCGGUGGUGGCAUGGUGUACAGUUUGGGCCAUGUCGGUAAAUCCAGCACACGGUGUUGCACUCACGUACUGGCAGAACUUGCUAAAAGAUAACUUCGACGUCAAGGACUACAAUGGCUACAUGUUGGGUGCAAGCUAUUUGGCUGCUGCAGGAGUUGUAGCAGUUUCUCGCAGAUCCGUUCUUUUGAGGACUUCAACUGCGGCUCUUGUAAUUCUAUCACUCCUGGCAAUGGGUCUAACACUGAUGGGCUUGCCCCUUUGCCACAACGAGUUCGUCUUCUACAUUAUGCUGGUGGCCACCCAGUGCAUAUUUGAACUGAGCACAACUGUCUUCAGCUUCCAAGUGGGUAAUGAGGUGUGCAAGGCCGUGACUGAUCAGGAUGGGCCCAAGGAGACACGCUUGGCUUUGCUAUUUUGUCUUACUGGAGUCAUUUCAGGUGCAGUAGCUUCAUUGGUGCAGCAUGUGCAUCCUAUUGCCGAGCGCUUUACCUUUGUUGCCAUUGCAUUGCUUGUUUUGGCUGGAGUUCUGUCAGCAUUCAGCUGCGUCAGACACCUCUACUGCCACUUUUUGCCUCGUGUUCACCGACCCGCUCAUGAUCCCUUUUUGGUUCCCGCGACCGAUAUGAUGCCAGUGACCAGACGAGGCUGAAAUGACGCAAGUUCGGUGGGCCGAACGAAUGGUCGGAACGAAUUCGACGUGCCAAACGAGAUGUUUUUUUUUGAAGAGGAAUCCACCCAGCCGUAGAACAUUAAUCAGGGUACUCUACUGAGAUGUUUAUUAGUCUUC